AUGCGGUUUCUCGCACUUCUCCCGUUACUCCUAGGAGCGCUGUCGAGCCUUGUCUCUGCGACGGACAAUGGCAAGACUACCGAUGUUACGUGGGAUAAAUAUAGUCUCUCCGUGAAGGGGGAGAGAGUUUUUGUCUUCGCUGGUGAAUUCCACUAUAUGCGUCUUCCAGUUCCGGAGCUAUGGCUCGAUGUGUUCCAAAAGCUGCGUGCGAAUGGCUUCAAUGCGGUCUCUCUCUACUUCUUCUGGAGCUUCCACUCCGCCUCGGAAAAUACAUUUGACUUUGAAAACGGCGCGCACGAUGUCCAACGCGUCUUCGACUACGCCAAACAAGCCGGCCUGUAUGUGAUUACCCGCGCAGGUCCCUACGACAACGGCGAGACUUCUGCAGGUGGCUACGCCCUGUGGGCUGCGAAUGGACAAAUGGGCAGUGAACGCACCAGUGCCUCAUCCUACUACGACAAAUGGCUUCCCUGGAUUCUGAAGAUCGGCAAGAUCAUUGCAGACAACCAGAUCACCAACGGCGGACCGGUCAUCCUGAACCAGCACGAGAAUGAGCUCCAGGAGACUUCGCACGUCGCUACCAACACUCUGGUCGAGUAUAUGGAGCAGAUUGCGGCGGCAUUCGAUGAAGCAGGUGUCAUCGUGCCCAGCACGCAUAAUGAAAAGGGCAUGCGCUCGGAAAGCUGGUCGACAGACUACGAAGACGUCGGCGGUGCAGUGAACGUGUACGGUCUUGAUUCCUAUCCUGGCGGUCUAUCAUGCACGAACCCGGACUCGGGCUUCAACCUCGUUCGCACAUAUUACCAAUGGUUCCAGAACUAUUCCUACACGCAACCCGAAUUCCUGCCCGAGUUCGAGGGCGGCUGGUUCCAGCCGUGGGGAGGGUAUUUCUACGACGUCUGCGCCGCAGAGCAUUCGCCUGAAUUCGCCGAUGUCUAUUACAAGAACAACAUCGGGUCGCGAGUCACGCUGCAGAGUCUGUAUAUGGUCUUUGGCGGGACGAAUUGGGGACAUAUCGCGGCGCCAGUCGUUUAUACUUCGUAUGACUACGCGGCACCGUUGCGGGAGACGAGAGAGAUUCAGGAUAAGCUUAAGCAGACUAAGUUGAUUGGUUUGUUUACUAGGGUUUCGUCGGGUCUGUUGCAGACUGUUAUGGAAGGGAAUGGUACGGGGUAUACUAGUGAUGCUAGUAUUUAUACGUGGGCUUUGAGGAAUCCGGAGACACAGGCUGGAUUCUAUGUGCUUGCGCAUAGUACGAGUUCGUCUCGUGCGGUGACGACUUUCUCGUUGAAUGUCAAUACUUCGGCUGGUGCUCUGACCAUUCCGAAUAUCCAGCUAGAUGGUCGCCAGAGUAAGAUCAUCGUUACGGAUUACGAAGUCGGCAAAGCCUCCAGCCUGCUCUAUUCAUCCGCCGAGGUUCUGACAUACGCCACGCUUGACGUGGAUGUGCUGGUGUUCUACCUGAACAUCGGACAACAGGGCGUCUUCGCGUUUAAGAAUGCUCCGUCCCACUUGACGUACAAGACAUACGGUAACUCCAACCUGGCCUCGACCACAUCGAGCAACGGAACGCAGUACUCGUACACUCAAGGACAAGGCUCGACUGUGGUCAAGUUCUCCAACGGCGUUCUGCUCUACCUGCUGGACAAGGAGACGGCAUGGAACUUCUUUGCUGUGCCCACGACAUCCAACCCGAACGUGUCUCCUAGCGAGCAGAUUCUUGCGCUGGGCCCAUAUCUGGUUCGCUCAGCAAGUAUCGACCAUGAUACCGUGAGCUUGAUUGGUGAUAAUGCGAAUACCACCUCGCUGGAAGUAUACCCCGGCAACUCCAAAGUCACCAAGAUCAAGUGGAACGGCAAUGCCAUUGCGACCAAGAAGACCGCCUAUGGCAGUCUUAUCGGCUCAGCCGUCGGCGCAGAAAAGUCCAAGAUCUCUCUGCCCUCUCUGACUUCCUGGAAGUCCCAAGACACACUUCCGGAAAUCAAACAAGGCUACGAUGACUCCCGCUGGACAGUCUGCAACAAGAGCACGACGGUCAACUCCGUCGCACCACUCUCCCUGCCCGUUCUGUACUCGGGCGACUACGGCUACCAUGCAGGCACAAAGGUCUACCGCGGCCGCUUUGACGGACGCAAUGCCACCGGUGCCAAUGUGACGGUGCAAAACGGCGUCGCCGCUGGCUGGGCAGCCUGGCUGAACGGCGCAUAUGUCGGUGGCGCUGUGGGCUCUCCCAAUCUCGCGUCAACAUCUGCCGAAUUGAUCUUCAACAGCUCGUCCCUCCGGGAUACCGACAACGUCCUCACAGUCGUGAUGGACUACACCGGCCACGAUGAGGACAAUGUCAAGCCGGCCGGCACCCAGAACCCACGCGGCAUCCUCGGCGCCACACUCCUUGGUGGAGGAAACUUCACCUCCUGGCGCAUCCAAGGUAAUGCCGGCGGCGAAGCGAACAUCGAUCCCGUCCGCGGCCCUAUGAACGAGGGCGGCCUCUACGGCGAACGACUCGGCUGGCAUCUACCCGGAUACACCGCGCCCAAGAGUGCCAGCUCGUCAUCACCCCUGGAAGGCGUAUCCAACGCUGCCGGACGCUUCUACACGACGACCUUCAAGCUCAAUCUCGACGCGGACCUGGACGUGCCGAUCGGGCUGCAACUCGGCGCAGCGGCUAACACCAGCGCGGUGGUGCAGGUGUUUAUGAAUGGGUACCAGUUUGGUCACUACUUGCCGCAUAUUGGUCCGCAGACGCUGUUCCCGUUCCCGCCCGGGAUUAUCAAUAAUCGGGGGGAGAACACGCUGGCGAUUAGUCUGUGGGCGUUGACGGAGGAGGGGGCGGCGUUGAGUCAGGUGGAGCUGGUCGCGUAUGGGGCGUAUCGGACUGGAUUUGAUUUCAAUCAGGAUUGGGCGUACCUGCAGCCGCGGUGGAAGAAUAAUCGUGGGUCGUAUGUUUAG